AUGUCAGAAAGCCCACCUGCACCAACAUACGUAUUGCGCGGUCACUCAUCCGCCGUCCAUGCCCUCGAGUUCUUCGGAUCAAACACCUACUUGGCAUCCGGGGACACUGAUGGCUGGCUCGUAAUAUGGAAGUUGUCAUCCAAGCGACCGGUGGCUGUUUGGAAAGCCCAUGAGGGUGGGCUGAUGCAGAUCAAGCAGUGGACAGGUGAGAGACUCAUCACGCAUGGAAGAGAUCACAAGAUUCGCGUAUGGCAACUACGAAACGAAGAUUUUCCAGUGCUAAGCACAACGUUACCCAAUGAAACACCCUCAGACCAGCAGGAGACUCAACAGCAGCCAUGGCUCUUGCAUUCGCUCUCGGUGAAUGCCCUGAACUUCUGCGCUUUUUCUUUAUGUGAUCAGAACCCGGCACGGAAAUCACUCUCAAUUACUACACCCACGCCGCAACUGCUCGCUUCACCCAACGGCCUUGAUUCUGGCGGGAUCGAUAUCUUCCAGCUCCCUUCUGAGCGGCGCGUGUCGCAAUUACAAUCUGACCCAUCUUUCAACACAGGUAUGGUCAUGGCAGUCAAAUUAUGCCAUACCAAUGAACCACAGAGCAAGCUACUCCUCAUCUCGGGCUACGAGGACGGACACGUGAUGGUGCACAGCCAUUCCGGCGCCUUCGACAGCAAAGAUCACACCUGGGUGAAACUCAUGGUGGGCAAGCCGCAUUCACAGCCCGUAUUGUCACUGGACGUCUUACCCUCAACAUCUCACUUCAUCACAUCGAGUGCGGAUGCUAUUGUGGCGAAGUUCGCGCUCGCCUUGGUCGAGACUGGGCGGGUAGAGAGUCAAAGCCCAGAGAAGUCAGUCAACACGAAACAUGCCGGCCAGCAAGGCUUGGUUGUGCGAUCGGAUGGCAAGAUAUUCGCCACGGCCGGCUGGGAUGGACGGAUACGGGUCUACUCUUCUAAGACAAUGAAGGAAUUGGCCGUCCUCAAGUGGCACAAAGAUGGAUGCUAUGCUGUUAAUUUUGCUGAGGUGGUCCUAGAUGACCAAAAGAAUUCAUCUGCAGAAGCAGCUCACUUUGGAUCUUCUGAUUCGACGGCGUUAGCAACGAGAAUGACAGCACUGGAUCACAUCAAGCAGGAGAGAGAAGACAAGGUGCGAUCAACACACUGGCUUGCAGCCGGUGGGAAAGAUGCAAAGAUUACGCUGUGGGAGGUGUAUUGA